CUGAGACCUAAUUCAGAUGAUAAUGUUUCUGAGGAUGGUGAACAAAAGCAUAUACACGAUCGCGCCUUGAAGCCCAGUUCCACAUCAAGAGCUCAGUUCAAUCGUACAUUAACCAAUAAAGAUAGUAAAACAAUAGAAAGAAUAGAUAAUGUACCAAGUUUAAGAUUGUAUAAUACUCAACUUCAAAAUGAAAAAGGACGACCCAACCAAGUUAUAAUAGGUAACAAGCAAUCAUCAAGUAAUUUUCCGCCCUCUCAAAAACCAGCUGCUCGUCGGAUGAUACUAACAAGUGAAAUUCAAAAGGCUGAUCCAGGAUUUGACGAAAUAAAAGCUGGUUCCAAUCAAAAAACUCAAUACAUUCAAGCACCAGGUCAUAUUGCUCGAACAACAACAGAAUCAGCCAUACCAAUAAUACGUUUAUCUAAUGAAAUGGAUUUAGAUGGCAGCUUUAGUUACGAAGCACUGGGCGCUGAUCAGACCCAUUACGUGCAACAUAGUCGUAUGGAAAAUAUGGGCACUGACAAAGAAGAGCAGGUUGUAGAGGGAUCCUAUUCCUACAUCGGGGAUGAUGGACGAACAUAUACUGUACAUUAUAUCGCCGACUCUAACGGAUACCGAGCCUCUGGUGACCAUCUACCAUCACCACCCCCAGUUCCCGAAAUAAUACAAAGAGCCAUCCAAUAUAACUUAGCAGAAGAAGCUAGAAGACCUCCACAUUUAAGAAAUAUAUGGGAAAAUGAAGGAAGUACUGAUGAAAGUAAAGAAGAAAGCAAACAAAACUUCUUCAGUAUACCUCAACAACGAAGUUUGUUUACUGGAAGAACUCCUGAAGCAUUUUCCUUUUCAGAUAGUUCUAAUUCACAAAGCAAUCAAAUUACAUCACGAUCAAAUUUUAAUACUCAGACUAAACCUAAAAAUGAAAAUAUCCUACAUAAUGAAUUGAAAUUAAAUACACCAAUUACUCCUCAAAUCACUUUUCUGGCAUCUCAAGGGGCACAUAGCCCACUUUCACAACAACAAACCCAACCAACAGUGCAAAAAGCGAGUUAUUCAGAUAAAUUGCCUCAGUUGAUAAACUACGAAGCUGAUAAAGAAGUUGAACGUGAAGCAAAUAAGCAACUAUGGAGGUGGCAGUAUGGUUACAACGCCAAUGAAAACCCUAAUAAAAAUUCAAUAUCUAGAUCAUUUACCGAAGGUGACGACGUCAUUAUAAAUUUCAGCGACAUGACUCCAGAGCAAUACACUCGAAUGAUGCAAACUGAAAUAUUAACUCAGACAGAUGCAAAGUCUAACAAUAUUGAAAAUGACAAUACAAAACAUUAUCCCUCAUCUAAUUUCGAUUCAAAUUCGGAAAAUAAUAUAAAUGAACGUAAUACAUUUUCUGGUUCACAAAUAUAUAAUAUAAAAUCUGAAACGGACUUAAAUAAUAACGACAGAAGAGGAGAAACGCGUUCAUCAACACCAAUAUAUGAAACAUUAUAUACAACAGCAUUAUAUAGACAAGAAUCCAAUAAAUAUAAUAAUGAACAAAAUUCAAAUCUUCAUACAAAUAUACCAGUUGCAAAAACGGAAUACCAACAUAAAAAAUCAGAAGUUUUUGAAGUUCAUGAUUUUUCUCCUGAAAAUCAGUUGGUAACUCAAUCCUUUAAUUCUGUAAACACUCCAUUUGAAGCAGUGAAAAUAAAUAAAAGUAAUGAGAAUUCAACGGUGUAUAAAAAUUUCGAACAAAAAUAUGAAGUUCCAACUUUACACAACGAAGGGUUUUCUCAAGAUCAACAUAACCAUAUGUCUACACCUUCAUCAAAUUUAUAUACAAAUAUUUAUGUUACACCUUACAAUUACUACCAAUAUACUGAACAAAACAGCUUUAAACCAAGUAUUAAUGAAAAUAAACCAGAAACAUUCACACAACAAUCAACUACCACAACCACAGAAUCAUCGGUAGAACAAAUGAUACAAGAAAAUAUUUUCCUAAGGAAUUUAUUUAAAACAAACACAAAAAAUACAUCUACAACAGAACUUCCUCGGAAUGAAGAUAGCAAUAUAUAUAAAUUUAAUAAUCCAGAACCAUUUAAUAAACCAAAUAAUGUAGUCGAAAAUAAGCAAAAUCUUCCUGAUAAACCAAAACCAACGAAAGAUAAAUCUUUAAAUCUUAAUGAGAUUUUUAACUAUGUAAUGGCAAAAAAUCAUUUCGAAUCGUCUAAAACAAAGCCUAAAAGUAAAUCGACACACUAUAUACAAUACAACAACAACUUAAACAAAAAAGAGAAUCCCGUAAUGUAUAUACCAAUAAUAAAAGAAAAUAAUAAAAAUGAAGAAGAAAGUUUUAAAGAAGAAAACAAAAAUCAUUCAAAUCUUAACCAACAACAACAGCAAGAAUUACAUGGUUUAAUUAAAAACUACAAAGUCCUUCAACGACAGAAGAAUGCAGGUUCAAAGAGCCAAAUAAUGUACGAACCCCAACUCCAUAUAAAGACCUUCCACUCCCCAGGUCUACCGCCCCUGGGACGAGCGGGACCAUCUAUGAAAACUUACUUCCCACCAACUUUACAGCGAUAA